AAAAUCAAACUUUAAAUCAAAUUUAAAUUUCGAUUUAAUUAAUUAGAACCAUGUAAAAAAAUUGAAAAGAAAAAUACAAUUUCAAAAAAUCUAAGAAAUAAAAAACCAAGGAAACUGGAAUAACUAAUUCCUUAAUCCUAAAUAGGAAGUUAAGAGUAGCAACUAAUAUAAAGAGAGCUCCAAAUAAUGUAAUAAUAUGAAAAUCAAAUGAGCAAAGCUUUAAAAAGCUAAGAUUUGUAGGGAUAUUACUUUUAUGCUGAAAUCAAUCAAAUGAUCAUUCCAAUUCCAUAAUUUAUUAGCACAGCAGCAAAGCUUAAGCUAAAUGAGGUCAUUUAAGAUAUUUAAUAAGAAAUGGAUUACAAAUUAAGUGCACCUUAAUUGAAAUAAUAAAUAUUAACCACAUUGCACAAAAAUUUUGUUAAUAGGAAUUAAGAACUAUUUUAAAGAUUCAACAAUCAGCCAAAUAAUAAAAUCGCAGAAUAAUAGUGCAAUUAACAGCCCAAAAUGUAGAUUUAAUCAAAAGAAAAAGUUUAAGAAGAUUAAAUGGAAAAAAAAAUAAAUAAACAAAAAGCAUCAGCAAAUUAGGAAGUUAAUUCAAACCCUUCUUUAAAAAACCAUAUUGAAAAAGAAGAAAAAUUAUUUUAAUAAAAUCUAAAAGUAAAAGAAAUUAUCGAUGAUAAUGAAUCAUCAAAAUCAGAUAACACAUUUAAAUCAGAACAUAUAGUUAUAGAAAGCUUAAUUUAAAGAUAUUAAGUUAUUAAUAACGAUUUUCCAGUUCAAAAAGCUAAUGAUUUUAGAAAAUUUGUUAACAACAUAUUUGUUUUAAAUAUGAAGUCUAGCAAUUAGCUGUAUAAUGAUAUACAAUAAUAAUUAAAUAAUCAAAAUAAUAGGAAAAGCUAAAACUUAUUUUGUUAAGUUGACUAUAUGUAUGAUGCAAAAUUUAUAGAAGAAACCUUAAAUAGUAUUUAUACAUUUGGAGUGGAUACAUGCACUAUCUAGAAAAAACAAAACUAAGUAACGAUGUCUGAAACAAUAAAUAUUAAAUUUAAGGAAAGGACCGCUUUAAAAACUAUUGCAUACUCUAUUUUGCAUUAUAAUUUUUGCAAAUAAGUUGAAAAUUAAAUUAAAGAGUACAUCUACACUGUUUUAGGUGGCAUCGAUCCAAAUUUAAAAGGUUAUGAAUAGGAAAAUUAUAUUCUGAGAUAAUUAUACCUACAUUUCUUGUAAAUAAUAAUAAAUAGUUCUGAUUAUAGUGAAACAAUUGCCCAAUUUUUAGAUAGUAUUUUUAAAUAUGAGUUUCUCUCUUCUUUAAUGUGUGAUCAUCUUUUAUUUUCUGCACAAAAAAUUCUUAAAAUAUAAAAUAAGACCAAUGAAAAUAAUGAUCUAAAUGAUAUUAUAGAAUAACUUUCAAAAGCAAAUAAUUUUGAUUUGUAUAUACUAAGCAAAAAACUGUCUGAUAAUAAAAAAUAUUCCUACGCUAAACAUGAAUCUCGCGAAAUAUUUAUCUUUUUCGAGCAAUCUAUGUAAUAACAUCUAAGUUAGCCAGUGUAUUAUGUCAUAAAUCCCAGCGAUUCAUUAAUUUCUCAAGCAAGAAAUAUUUGA